UCUCUCUCUCUCCUUCUCACAUUCAAGGUUCCCUAAUGUGAGCAGUUGCACUGAAUUUGUUAUUUGUUUCUUCUGUUUAGAAAGAAUUUCUUCAAUUUUCUUUUCACAUUGAAAUUCGUCUUCCUAGGAACUUGAUUUCCUUUGUGUAUUUAACAACAAAGAAAAGGGACGAUAUGUUCUCAUAUCGUUUGCCAAACGGUGGUCUAGUCACCAAGACCUACAUUACACCCGAAGGACAAAUCAAAUUUGAUCCACCCGUCUACGAGCAGCGAUAUUCAACUACAGUACGUAUCAUAGAGGAUCCAUGUUGGAAACAGCCCCUCAAAAAGAUUGUAGAUUUUGGUUGUGCUGAAGUACGUUUGUUGCAAUUGAUACGGAGAAUACCAUUUGUGGAACAUAUUUUAGAGGUUGACAUCGAUGCUGAUUUGUUGAAAAUCUAUCAACAACGGGCCAUACCCCUUAUAUCAGACUAUUUACAAAAACGCGAAAAUCCACUCAGAGUUGACAUUAUGGUGGGAAGUGUUACUGAUGCUGUUGAAGAAUUGUAUGAUGUUGAUGUGGUCAUAGCUUUAGAACUUAUAGAACAUCUACAUAAGGAGGAACUCGAUCUAGUUCCCGAGAAUAUAUUCGGUUUUGUACAGCCAAAAUUGGCAAUAUUUUCCACACCAAAUAGUGAAUUCAAUGUUCUAUUUGAUGGUUUGUUGGAGAAUGGAUUUCGUCAUCAUGAUCACAAAUUCGAAUGGACACGCGAGGAAUUUAAGAAAUGGGCUCAUGACAUUUGUAAAAAAUAUCCAAAUUACUCCGUUUCGUUUAUGGGCCUCGGCAAGCCACCAUCUAAGAAUCGUAAAUUGGGUCAUUCAACACAAAUGGCAAUUUUUGCCAGAAAUGAUAUGCUCGGCAGGCCAUUACACAACGAGGUAAUAAAGAAUCCACCGGUAAAUCCUGCAGCCAGUUAUAGAACAGUGUAUUCUGUGGAUUUCCCCUACAACAAAGAUGAACGCUCAAAGGAACAAAAAAUCAUAGAUGAAGCCCGCUACUAUAUAAGCCAAUCGCGACAUGUACCACGUUUUUUCAAUCGUGAACGUUGCAUUUAUCAACUUCCGUGGAAAAGUAUUAUGGAGUAUACAAUAAGUCUUGGCGGAACGGAAAAGGAAUUAUUUGACAUUCUAGAGGCGAAUGGUAUUAAGGUGGAGGGAGAUUUUAUUGUCUUGCCCGAAUAUGAUGACGACGAUUAUGAUGAUGAUCGGGGUGAUUAUGACGAGUGUGAUGAUGAUUAUUGGAGUACAACACAUCCUCCACGAAGUGAUGAGGAUUUAUCACAACUAACACUAGACUGCCAGCUCAAUACAAGUAAUACAAGUUAUGAGGCCGACGAAGAGAAUUGGGAUUAACUAGCAUUCAACAUUUAUGAUAAUUUAAUUAUAGUUUUUUUUUUCAACCCUCAUUGUAUCAUCGAAUAAUAGUUAUAGUUUAAGGUGGGAAGUUUUUUUCAAAAUUUUGUAUUUAGUGGGUAGAAUUAUUACUAUGUUCAUUGCCUAUAAGUUACUUUUAGUACUAUUUCUUUUAUUUUCUUUAAAUUAUGCAUUGAAUAAAAGAAUUAUACAUUUU